UUGUUUUUAUUUAAUCAAUUUUCAUAUUUGAAAAUUAUUUUUUUUGGCCAAAUUUUUUUUUCGUUGAUUGUUUCUGGAACAAGUUUCUCUUUGUCUCAUUUUUGUAUUUGUUAAAACAAACAUACACACACACACACAAGAUCAUACUAACUUUAUAUGUGGUUUUUUGAAAAAAGAAAUUCUGCUCAUAAAUUAUCCGCUUUUGUUAAAAUUUCAUAAAGAUAUUGUUCAUUAUAAUCAUGGAUGAUCAAGAAAUCAAUCAGAUCAAUGAUGUUAAAAAACAGACAGGCGGAAAGAAAAGUAAAAAAGAUCGCCGUAAGAAAAAAGAUGAUGACGAUGAUGAAGAUUUGGAUGCAAUGUUAGCCGAAUUACAUAUGGAAAUGGUUGAAGGUAAAAAACCACCACCGCAAUCGAAAUCCAUAGAAUCAAAUAUUAAUAAACAACCGGAUAUGGCAACAAAAUCAUCAAACAAUAAUCAUGUCGAUAAUGCUACUAAUAAUAAUAGUCAUGAUAAAUCAACCAAUCAAAAUAAUGGUGAUGAUGACGAUGAUGAUAAAUCACAAGCAAAAAAUAAAAAAAAUAAGAAAAAAAAAGAUAAUAAAAAAGCAACGAAUCAAUCUGUACAAGAAUCAAAACCAUCAAAUGUUCAACAACAAAAAACCAGCCAAAAUGAAUCCAAUAACAAUAAUGGUGAUAAAACAGCUGAUAUUGAUAAUAAUGUCGGUAAAAGUGAUGAAGAUGAUGAGAAUGAUGAUGAUGGUACUACCGUAAACAGUAAGAAUAAAGAUAAGAAAAAGAAACGUAAAGAAGCAAAAAAAAAGAAACAAGAAGAACAACAAUCAACAGCAACAAGUACAAAAGCAGCCGGUAAAGGUCCAAGUAAAAAGCAAUUAGCAAUGAUGCAAGAAAUUCUAAAGAAACAAAAAGAAGAGGAAGAACGACAACAACGUGAAGAAGAGGAAAAGAUUCGACAGGAAGAGGAACGUGAACGGCAACGAUUGGAAAAGGAACGACUUGAAAAAGAACGAAAAGAGAAGAAAAAGCAAAAGGAAAAAGAACGAAAAUUACGUUUGAAAAAAGAGGGAAAAUUAUUGACCGCCAAACAGAAAGCUGAUCUUCAACGAGCUAAAAUGAGUUUACAAUUGUUAAAAGAAUCUGGUCAAGCAGUGAUUGGUAAAUCACGUAAAGAAGGACGAUUAGAUAAACAAGAUUCACAGGAAGAUGAAUCAAAAUCGGAUAAUAAUUUAUCUGAACCUAAAGAAGAUGAUGAUAAUACUGAACCAUUAGAUGAAGAUAUUGAAAUGGUUGAUGAUGAUGAACAGGAAGAAGAAGAAGAAUUUCCCGAUGAUUGGGAAGAUAUUGUGAUUGAAGAAAAGAAAAAGAAACAGCAACAACAAAAAUCUGUAGAAAACAAAAAGUCAUCUAAUAAAUCAAUGAAUCAUAAUAAUAAUGAUACGGCUCUAACACCUACAGGAUCAAAAUCGAUUGAUCCGGAUUUAUUGUUUGCAACAUCAAAUCCGGCAAGUAGACCACCGGAAAAAUUUCGUUCGCCAAUCAUUUGUGUACUUGGUCAUGUUGAUACUGGUAAAACAAAAUUAUUGGACUAUAUCCGUAAAACACAUAUCCAGGAUAAUGAAGCCGGUGGUAUUACACAACAAAUUGGUGCCACAUUUGUACCACCAACGGCCAUACAUGAACAAUGUAAAAAUGUGAAAACAAAAACCGAGCUAAAAAUACCAGGUUUAUUAAUAAUCGAUACACCUGGACAUGAAUCUUUUUCUAAUCUACGUUCACGUGGUUCAUCACUUUGUGAUAUUGCCAUAUUAGUUAUUGAUAUUAUGCAUGGUUUAGAAAAACAAACGAUCGAAUCAUUGAAUCUAUUGAAAUCACGUAAAACACCAUUCAUAGUGGCGUUGAAUAAAAUUGAUCGUCUUUAUGAAUGGCGCUCAAAUGUCCGUAAAGAUGUUGAAGAUCUAAUCAAUUCACAACAAUCGAAUACGAAACAUGAAUUUAAUACAUUGAAACAAAAAGUUAUCGUACAAUUGGCCGAACAAUCAAUUAAUGCGGCAUUAUUUUAUGAGAAUCCUGAUCCACGUACCUAUAUAUCAUUGGUGCCAACAUCAGCACAUACGGGUGAUGGUAUGGGUAAUCUAAUCAAUUUGAUAACACAUUUCACACAAACAUUAAUGGCCAAACGUAUCCAUUAUCAAUUGGAUUCAUUGGAUGCAACUGUAUUGGAAGUGAAAGCCAUACCUGGCCUCGGUACAACUAUUGAUGUUGUAUUAGUAAAUGGUAAACUACGUGAAGGUGAUAAAAUCGUAUUGGCCGGUCAUGAUGGUCCGAUUAUUACACAGAUUCGUGCAUUACUUGUGCCACAACCAUUGAAAGAAUUACGUGUUAAAUCACCAUAUGAAGAGUUGCGUGUCGUAUAUGGAUCGGUGGGUGUUAAAAUUGCUGCACAUGAUCUAGAAAAAGCUGUUGCCGGUUUGAAUUUAUAUGUCACCCAAAACGAAACCGAAUUGGAACGAUUGAAAACAAUGUGUUGGAAUCAAUUUGGUUCGGCAAUGAAAGCAAUAAAAUGUUCAGAUAAAGGUGUCUAUGUUCAGGCAUCAACAUUGGGUGCAUUGGAAGCAUUAUUGGAAUUUUUAAAAGAUUCAAAAAUCCCAUAUUCAGGUGUACGUAUUGGACCUGUAGCUAAACGUGAUGUUAUGAAAGCAUCAAUCAUGUUGGAAAAUUCACCAGAUAAUGCUGUUAUUUUGGCAUUUGAUGUAAAAAUUGAUCGUGAUGCACAAGAAUUAGCCGAUCAAUUAGGUGUGAAAAUUUUCACAGCCGAUAUAAUCUAUCAUUUAUUUGAUCAAUUUACAGCAUAUAAAGAAAAUCUUCGUAAACAACGUAAAGAACAAAAUCGUCAUUUAGCCGUAUUUCCAUGUAAACUACGAAUAUUACCUAAUUGUAUAUUUAAUAAACGUGAUCCAAUCGUUCUUGGUGUACAUGUUGAUGAUGGUACAAUUGUAUCGGGAACACCAUUAGCUGUACCAUCAAAAGAAUUAGAUCUAAUUGGUCGUGUAACAACCGUUGAACAUGAUCAUAAAACCGUUGAACAAGCUAAACGUGGUGAUGAAGUUUGUAUUAAAAUUGAACAUUGUACAUCGGAUGCGCCGAAAUUAUUUGGACGUCAUUUUGAUUCAAAUGAUAUGCUCUAUUCACGUGUUACACGUGAAUCAAUUGAUAUAAUGAAAGAACAUUUUCGUGAUGAUCUUGAAAAAAGUGAUUGGCAAUUGAUGAUUGAAUUGAAGAAAAUUUUCAAUAUCAUCUAAAUGAUAUGAUGGGGUAUAUGAUAUAUAUUUAUUCUCCCAUUUCGAAAAAGCCAACUAAACACCAGACAUGAACAAUUUUUUUUUUCGCUGUAAAAUUAUUUUAUGAAGUUUUUUUCCAAUUGUCAAA